CCUUUAUCCAACCAUCCGUCUAUGAUCCAUUCUCACAGAAACAAAAAUAAAAAAAAAACUCGCUCGCCGCGUCACGUCGCGUCCAUCCUCAAAAACGCGUAUCCAUGGUGCCUGCAGAAGCAGAUUCUUUUAUUGGUCCGUGCAAUCGAGGUGGAAAUCAAGUCUGCCUGCAAUCCAGGGUAUCCCAUAGGGACACUCGCCCCGCUUAGCGCGUUGGACUCCGUCGCACGCUUCCGACACGGCAACUACCUCAAGACUUUCCUGUCGGUGCCUUCACACUAUUGCACCAACGCAUAGUAACAGUGGGAGCGGCAAAUAGAUUGUGUGCACGCGAGGUAAGGCCCGCACGGUUGGCCAAUGCAAAAUAAAGUUUAAGAGCACAGCGUUCUG